CUUGCUUGGCCAGUGAUAGACCCAUUAUCACUAAAACAUAUGAAAAGAGGCCACGUGGCAGUGCUUAAUUGAUCCAUGUGUUUGCUCUUUAUUGGGUUUGCUCUCUGUAAUGGUGUUGCUGGUUUGUUAUAGGUACAGGGUGCAGAGUGGUGGAAGGCAUCUGGGUAUUUUGUUGCUUUUCUCUCUAGAGAGAGUCGGGAGGUCCUAGCCCUCGAAGUCUAGGGUUUUAUCAUCUUUCUUGCUUGUUCUCCAUUUCUGGUUGUAAUAGGCAUUAUCAGUGCAGUAAUAUAAUCGAUAGACCUCAAAUAUAUUACAGUUAUUUGUCAUUUCUGUUCAAUAUAGUUGUGUCUAUCAAUUGGUAUCAGAGGAACUGUUCCUGUCAAUGGUCAAAUCGCGAAUGGAGGGGAGAGCCGACGAGUUGGAGAAGGAGGUGGGUUCUCUGAAAAGUUCAGUUGGAGAUCUUAAGGCAGACAUGGAAACAAUGAAGUCAUGUAUGGAGGAGAUGAGGGAUUUGUUACGUGGCAGAUUGGUGCCUGAUAAAGGCAAAGAGAAGGAGACGUUAGAAGGGGAAUCUUCUCAUGCUGGAGCUGAUGACAACUUACCCGACCGCCGACCUUCCGCUGAUGUUGAAGUUUUAAAGAGACGGUUGGAGAUGCCUGUUUUUUCUGGUGAGGACCCUUCAGGUUGGCUGUUUAGAGUGGAGCGUUACUUUACUCUGAAUAAGGUGCUGGAGAGUGAGAAAAUUUCUGCUGCCGUGGUGUGUUUAGAAGGGAAAGCGCUGGGUUGGUAUCAAUGGAUGGAAGUUCGAUCUCCCAUUUCGACAUGGCCUGCUUUUCGAGCUGCUAUCCUUCGCCGUUUUCGUAACUCACAAGCAGGAAGUGAUCAUGAGCAUUUGGUUUCACUGAGACAGACUGGUAAAAUGGCAGAUUUCAGGGUACUGUUCGAGCAAGUGUCCGCCCCACUCCAUGAUGUGAGUGAGGAGAUGUUGGCGGCAGCCUUCAUCAACGCCGUCAAGGAGGAAGUCCGGGCUGAGAUCAGGUUACAUCCACCACUUACCCUAUCUGGUUUGAUGGAUCUGGCCCAAAGGGUGGAAGAUAGGAAUGAGGCCUUGCUUCAGGCCCAAAGCCCACGUUCUUCUUUAGGGAUUCUUCGUUCCACUUCAACCACGGUGACUCGUCCUGUUUCUUAUUCAGCGAAUCUAGGUCGUCCUCCAGAAUCGAUUCGCUCACAACCUGAGUUUAAAUCGUCACCACGUGAUUCCAAAUUUUCACCCAUCACUUCCCCCACUACCAAGCGUGACACCUUUCAUAAACUCACCGAGAAAGAAGCCCAGCAGAGGAAAGACAAGGGGCUUUGUUUUCGAUGUGACGACAAGUAUCACCCGGGGCAUGUCUGCAAGAACAAGUUGCUGCAGGUUCUUAUUGCAGCCGAUGAAUCUGAGUCUGUGGAAAGGAUUGGGGAGAGUGUGGCCAAUGACGAAGUGCCGGAACCAAGAGAAGCGGGGGAUCAAGUGGAGCUGUCCAUGAACUCUAUUGUGGGUUUGUCUACUACUAAAAAUAGUACGCUUAAAAUUAGAGGAACUCUGGAGGGGAAGGAUGUUAUCGUGUUGGUUGAUAGCGGAGCAUCUCACAAUUUUAUUUCAUCAGAGAUAGUCCAAUGUCUUCAGUUGCCGGUGGAUUCUCGUCGGAAGUUCACGGUUCAAGUGGGUAAUGGGUUAUGUGUUACUGGAGCAGGGUUGUGUCAUGAUAUCUCCUUAACUAUCCAAGAUGUUCAGAUUCGAGAAUCCUUUCAUGUUAUAGAUUUGGGUAGCGCUGAUGUAGUACUGGGAAUUUCGUGGCUGCGGACUCUUGGGGAAAUAUCUUCCAAUUAUCAGACUUUGACCAUGAAGUUUGUUCUUGCUGGUCGCAGGAUUGUUUGGCACGGUGAUCCCACCCUUUCCAAAACGGUGGUCUCUCUUAAGGCAAUGCUGAAGUUGUUGAAGCACGAAGAAUUGGGUUUUAUGGUUGACUUUGGGUCAUUUCAAGUACAUUCUUCCGUUGGCAAUGACCUGGUUCCUGAUCAACAGCAUGAUGGAUUGUUUCUAGAUUUACAGCAGCUCCUCACUGAGUUUGAUUCUAUUUUUGUGCCCCGUCCAGGCCUACCUGUUCAGAGGAGCCAUGAUCAUGCUAUUCAGCUGGUUGAUGGAGCCAAUCCUCCUAAUAUUAGACCCUAUCGUUACCCUUAUUAUCAAAAAAAUGAAAUUGAAAAGUUGGUUAAGGAGAUGCUGGUGGCUGGUAUCAUUAAACCGAGUCACUUGCGAAGUGUCUUUCUUAUACUCAAGCAGCAUGCCCUGGUACUUAACCGCAAGAAGUGUAUUUUUGCUCAGCCCCGAAUUGAAUAUUUGGGCCACAUUAUUACUGCUGCUGGUGUAGAGGCAGAUCCCUCCAAAAUUCACAGCAUGGUUUCUUGGCCAGUGCCAACUACUCUUAAAUCCUUGCGUGGUUUUCUAGGCCUCACGGGCUAUUACCGAAGAUUUGUCCGCAAUUAUGGCAAGAUAGCAGCCCCUUUAACGUCUUUAUUAAAGCAUGGUAAUUUUCAUUGGAAUGACUCUGCUUUGCAGGCUUUUGAGGACUUAAAACAGGCUAUGAUUUCGGUACCAGUUCUGGCCUUGCCUGAUUUUUCAAAAAAUUUCAUUGUGGAGACUGAUGCUUCUGGCACUGGAGUUGGGGCUGUUCUAAUGCAAGAGGGUCAUCCUGUGGCUUAUUUUAGUAAGACACUCUCGCCCCGUGCUCAAGCCAAAUCUGUUUAUGAUAGGGAGCUGAUGGCCAUUGUCUUAGCUGUUUUGAAAUGGAGGCACUAUCUCUUAGGCCGUAAAUUUUUGGUGCGCACGGACCAAUGCAGCCUGAAAUUUCUUCUAGAUCAGCGAUUGGUUCAUGAGGGUCAACAGCGUUGGAUCACCAAGUUAAUGGGUUUUGAUUUUGAAGUUCAAUAUCGCCCAGGUACUAAAAAUUUGGUUGCUGAUGCUCUUUCAAGGCGUGAGGAUCCUCAAUUCUCUUCUUGUUCUUUGGUCAGUUCUGAACCUUCACCCUUGGUGGUCAACAACCCUCAACUUUCAGCUCUUUCCGUGGCCUCUUGCUCUGCUUUGGGUGACUUGCAAGAUGAGGUCCUGCGUGAUACUACUCUAAAAGAGAUUAUUCAAGCUCUUUCUAUUUCUCCCACUAGCAAAUAUCCCUAUACUUGGCGUGGAGGUUGUUUACUGCAUCAUGGGAGACUUGUGCUACCGCGAGGAUCUCCACGCAUUCAGACUUUGCUUCCUGAGUUUCAUUCUACACCACAGGGAGGUCAUUCAGGUUAUUUACGUACAUUGAAGCGAGUGGCACAUGUUUUAUAUUGGGCUGGCAUGAGGGACGAUAUCAAGAAAUUUGUGUCGCAGUGUGAGGUUUGCCAACGUCAUAAAUAUUCCACUCUCAGCCCGCAAGGUCUCCUACAGCCGCUGCCCAUUCCUAAUUCAUCUUGGGAAGCUAUUACUAUGGACUUUGUCGGGGGUUUGCCGCGUGCUCACGGGGCUGAUACAGUGUUGGUGGUGGUGGAUCGCUUAACUAAAUACGCCCAUUUUCUGCUCUUAGGCCAUCCUUAUUCCGCAAAAGAUGUUGCUGAGUUAUUUUUAAAAGAAGUAGUUCGGUUACAUGGGUUUCCUUCUUCUAUAGUUUCUGACCGUGAUAGAAUCUUUGUGAGUAAUUUUUGGUCUGCUCUUUUCAAACUCUCUGGUACAACACUGAAAAUGAGUACGGCGUAUCACCCCGAGACGGAUGGGCAAUCUGAGGUAGUCAAUCGUUGUAUGGAGGAAUACCUACGCUGUUUUGCUAGUGGUCACCCUAAACAAUGGCCUCGUUGGAUUCCAUGGGCGGAAUAUUGGUAUAAUACGACAUUUCAUCGAUCCGCGGGGAUGACACCCUUUCAAGCCCUUUACGGUCAUCCUCCCCCCUCUCUUUUAAAGUAUUCUGGUGAUCCCACAGUAGUGGAGGAUGUUCAUCUUCUUUUGCAGGACCGUGAUGCUAUCCUAGGACAAUUACAUUUGAAUCUGGCAAAGGCCCAAAAUAGGAUGAAACAGUAUGUUGAUGGCAAGAGGCGAGAUGUUUCUUUCAGCCCUGGUGAGUAUGUUUUUCUGAAAUUACAGCCUUAUAAAUUCCAUUCUCUGGCAAAACACCGUUUCCACAAGCUGCGACCUCGCUUUUAUGGCCCUUUUCUGAUCUUGGAGAAGCUGGGUCCCGUGGCGUAUCGUCUUGAAUUACCUGCUCACACUUCUAUCCAUCCAGUCUUUCAUGUCUCCCAACUGAAAAAAGUUUUAUCUGAUGAUGUUGAAGCUCAACCAUUGCCACCCUCCAUUUCUGAUAAUUUAGAGCUGGUUCAAUCCCCAGAAAGUGUUAAGCAAGUUAGAAUUGGUGCGGAUGGUAAGCAAGUCGUUCUCGUCAAAUGGGCAGGUGCUGCUGACUGUGACAACACGUGGGAAUUCUUUGAUGCUAUUAACACUCAUUUUCCUGAUUUCAACCUUGCGGACAAGGUUGCUGCGUUGGGGGGGAGUGGUGAUAGACCCAUUAUCACUAAAACAUAUGAAAAGAGGCCACGUGGCAGUGCUUAAUUGAUCCAUGUGUUUGCUCUUUAUUGGGAUUGCUCUCUGUAAUGGUGUUGCUGGUUUGUUAUAGGUACAGGGUGCAGAGUGGUGGAAGGCAUCUGGGUAUUUUGUUGCUUUUCUCUCUAGAGAGAGUGGGGAGGUCCUAGCCCUCGAAGUCUAGGGUUUUAUCAUCUUUCUUGCUUGUUCUCCAUUUCUGGUUGUAAUAGGCAUUAUCAGUGCAGUAAUAU